AUGGGCGAUAUUUGUGAAAGGAUAGUCAAGAGAGGUAGGGACUCGUUUGAAAUAUUAGUAGACUACUACAAAAACAUAAUGGAUGUCAUACAAGAAAUACCUGACGACGUGAUCUUUGGUACUAUACAACUUCUGCUAUACUUAACGUUGAUGGGCCCGUUAGCCAUGCUUUCUUGGAUUUAUUUAAUGCUUCGCGUACUCAUGUUGAUGCUUUAUUUUCCGUUCUUUAUGUUUUAUUUGCUCUUCUGGAAGGUUGCAACAAGAGUAGCAUAUCGAGAAGAAAAUGAAGGAAAGGAAAAAAGCAAAAGAAGUUCUGGCGUUGAUAUAUGCGAUGAAAUAGACAAGUUGGGGCACCCAGAUGCAUGUCGUCGCUUGUACACCGGACCAAUUCACGAGGCUGCACGUCAAAAUCUUUAUGAGGUUGUUCAUGAGAUUUUAAGGAGAUCCCCCACAGCAAUGCAAUUUAAAGAUGAAAGUGGUUACGACAUUAUACAGUUAGCAGUUAUAUACCGAUCAGAACGAAUCUACAACUUUAUCUAUUCGAUAGGAGAGCGUGAGGGUAUUUAUAGAACUAUUGAAGAUUCUUUUAGGAACAAUAUGUUGCACUUGGUUGGAAAUUUACCUCCUUCACAGAAACUUAGACGUAGAUCAGGUCCAGCACUACAACUACAAAGAGAGCUUCAAUGGCGUCAGGAAGUGGAGAGGCUCGUUGCUCCAAUAUGCAUUACUCAAAAGAACGCUUUUAUGGAGACACCAGAUAUGGUAUUCAGAAGGGAGCACGAUAAUUUGUUGAAGGAAGGAGAAAAGUGGAUGAAAGCCGUAGCAGAAUCGUGCAGCAUCACUGCAGCACUAAUUACCACAAUUGUAUUCUUCAAAUGCCCCUCAUAA